CAUAAGGUAGAAUUAUUCAAGGCCUAGAUGAUUUCAGAGGGAAAGGAAAACGGAAGCACCAAAGCCCUUGCUGUAGCAGCUGGAAUAACUGUUUCUUGCAGGGAUGUGUGGGGUUGUUCAGCAGGUCGUAGCCGGAAAAGUGCCCGUCACCCUCUCGCUGUUCUUAAGCCGGUGGAUUCUCUGAGUGCCAAGGAAAGUGCAGCAGCAGCAGCAGCCUGUAAUGAGCUGAAUGGAAUUGAACGUUUGGCUGAGGAUGCAAUUGUGACAGGCUCCUACAAGAACAAGACCCUUUGUGCCAACCCAGAGGACACGUGUGACUUUAACAGGGCUGCCCACCUGGCCUCAACGCCCUUCCACGGGGUGGUGGCUCAGAGAGUCCCAGCUCCUGCUUUCUCUCAGAGUGAACUGAAGGAGGAAGAUAGUCCAGAAUCCAGGAGUGCACCUCAGACUCAGGAGACACCAGUGUGUGAAGGAGCAUACACUGAAGCUCUCGGUGUGAAAAAACUGAGCGGAAACUACAUUUCCCGUGAUGCCUCGAGGCGACGCAGGACGGCGCCAAUCAGGAUUGAAGGAGAGGUGGUCAUGUCCCAGGAGGACAGCCAUGAGUGGGAGCUGAGCAAGGAGAAUGUGCAGCCCCUCAGGCAGGGGCGGGUGAUGUCCAGCUUGCAGGAGGCACUGGCUCAACAGGACUCUUCCAGCCACACUGCUGUGCAGCUUAAAAAACAGGAGUUUGAAGCAGAAAUACGAUUUUACUCUGGGGAUGAUCCUCUGGAUGUGUGGGAGCGGUACAUCAAGUGGACAGAGCAGGCCUUCCCUGGGGGUGGCAAGGAUGGCAACCUUGCAGCAGUUCUGGAAAGGGCAGUGAGAGCCCUCCAUGGGCAGCAGCAAUACUACAAAGAUCCUCGCUAUCUUAAUCUCUGGCUCAAGUUUGGCGAUUGCUGCAAUGAGCCCUUGGAUCUGUACAGUUACCUGCACAGCCAGGAGAUCGGCACCACACUGGCCCCGCUCUACAUCACCUGGGCAGAGGCACUCGAGGCCAGGGGCAGCUUCAGGAAAGCAGAUCUCAUAUUCCAGGAAGGGCUCCAGCGCAAGGCUGAGCCUUUGGACAAACUCCAGGCUCAUCACAAGCAGUUUCAGGCCCGUGUUUCUCGGCAGACACUACUGGCACUUGAGGAAAGUCCUGAUGGGGACAAUAUGGGAUUGCUGGAAAUUGCAGAGCCUCAGAGAAGCUCACUGGCAGAUCUCAAAGGCAGAGGGAAGAAGAAAGUGAGAGCCCCCAUUAGUCGUGUGGGAGAUGCAGUUAAAGCCAUGAACCCAAACAGAAGCUGCCAGCCUCGGGCUCCUCUGCAAGUUCCAAAUGCUCCAAGUUUUGCUGUGUUUGAUGAAAAUUCUGUGUCUGGACCUGAGAUUCCCACACUUACAGCACAGUCAUGGCCAGCACCUCCAGUUCCCAGGGCCAAGGAGAAUGAGCUCAGCGCAGGACCGUGGAACUCAGGCAGGGUAAGGAUGCUCAAAGUAAAUGGGGGAAACAGAGGAAGUUGUGUUCUGAAAUUAUCCCUGUUGUCUCCUGUGCCUGCUUUCCCGUGCUACUGUGAAGUUCUCAAAGCCCAAGUAAUAAAUUCCUGAUUUUUCAGGACCCCCUGCAAAAUUGAGCCCAGCAUAAACUGCGUGUUAAGUACUCGCAAACCUGAGGAGCGGGAGGACCCACUGCAGCGAGUGCAGCAUCAGCAGCAGGACGCUCAGGCAAAGAAAGAGAUGGUGAUGUACUGCAAAGAGAAGGUUUAUGCAGGAGUUGAUGAAUUCUCUUUUGAAGAGAUCCGAGCUGAAAUCUACAGGAAGAAAGCGAGAAAGAAAGACGAAGAUGAAAUACAAGCCAUAGAACGAAAGAAGGAAGAAAUACAAAGGAAAAUUGAGGAGCUGGAACAGAAAUUAAAGAAGAAAGAAGAGGACAAGCAGCAACAACCACAUGAACAGGCAGCAGAGGUAAUGGGAGCUUCCAUACCUUUGGGAAUGCAAGGAUUUACUUUUUCCAGUGCAACUGAACAUGGGGAGAAACAGCCUCAGUCACAAAGUGAAUUCCAGGUCCAUGAAGAUACUCAACUACAUAAAUCAUCUUAUUCUGAGGAUGUAGGUCUGCUUCCCCCACCAGCUGCUGCUCCAUUUUUCUCUAUAUUUGAUGAAUCCUCUACUUUGACAAAUCAGAACAUAAGUUGUUCAGCAGGUCGUAGCCGGAAAAGUGCCCGUCACCCUCUCGCUGUUCUUAAGCCGGUGGAUUCUCUGAGUGCCAAGGAAAGUGCAGCAGCAGCAGCAGCCUGUAAUGAGCUGAAUGGAAUUGAACGUUUGGCUGAGGAUGCAAUUGUGACAGGCUCCUACAAGAACAAGACCCUUUGUGCCAACCCAGAGGACACGUGUGACUUUAACAGGGCUGCCCACCUGGCCUCAACGCCCUUCCACGGGGUGGUGGCUCAGAGAGUCCCAGCUCCUGCUUUCUCUCAGAGUGAACUGAAGGAGGAAGAUAGUCCAGAAUCCAGGAGUGCACCUCAGACUCAGGAGACACCAGUGUGUGAAGGAGCAUACACUGAAGCUCUCAGUGUGAAAAAACUGAGCCCGAUCAUGGAAGCAAGCCUGGAAGAUACUCGCUCAUCAGGUUCUUCAGUCUCAGGAGGUUCUCUGUCCUCUGUUACACAAAUGUCUGCUAUUAAAUACCUGCAGAUCAGUGAGAAACUGGAGCUGGCUCAGACCUUGCCUGUUGAAGUGGUUACUGAUUCUGGAGGUGGAAACAUUACUGGGGAUGAUGUGGCUCAGUUCCUGUGGAGCCCUGAACAGCGUAAAAAGCUUUUAGGUUCUGUGCUAUCAUCACUGGUUGCUUCUCCAGAUUUUCACUUGGAGACUGGAGCUGUGCCUCAUAUGGAGGUUGAGAAAGAUGUUGAGCUGGGAAAUGAGACUUACUGCAUCAAAAUGGAAUACUGGAACAAUGAAGAAUACAAGAUGUUUUUUGCCAUUCCAACUGGAGGCAUUUUCCAGUGGGAUGCAAAGGGAUUUGCGAUAAAGGUGUAUUCUCAGCCUGUGCCUUGGGAUUUUUAUAUCACCCUUGAGUUACAGAAGCGUUUGAAUUCUGACUUUGACCAGAGCUUCAGUGAGAAUUGCAGCUGUUACCUGUACCAGGAUGGCUGUGCCCUUGUACACAAGGAUACAAAUUGCUUCACACUCACGGAUAUUCUCCGUGACCGCAAGUUCAUCACAAAGGAAAUAAUCUUCUUGGUUGUUCAUGAUCUUCUGCAUGUGGUGGAGAAGCUGCACAAAGCAGAGAUUGUCCAUGGAGAUCUGAGGCCAGAGGUGUUGUUUCUGGGAGACAGGAUCUGCGAUGCGUUUUCUAAUGAGGAGGUGCCAAAUGCUCUGAAAGUGGUGGAUUUCUCUCACAGUCUGGAUUUGAGGGUAAUGCCUCGAGUCAGCUUGCCCUACAACUUUCCCACAGCUCAGACCCCUCAUGGACAACAGCUUCUGGCAGAAAGUUCUCAUCCUUAUCAGGUAGACUUGGUUGGCAUUGCAGAUAUAGUCCAUUUGAUGUUGUUUGGAGAUCAUAUCCAGGUCUAUCAGGAGAAUUCCAUCUGGAAAAUCAGCCAAAACUUAACAAAGACCCCUGACAGUGAUUUCUGGAGUAAACUUUUUGAGAGAAUUCUGAAUGCAGAUGGCAAGUCCACAGUACCUCUGCUGAGUGAGUUGAGAGGGGAAAUCAGUGAAAUGUUUGACAGCUCUUUCAAAGAACGACUUUUGUUGACCUUAGCUGCUGUGGGAGAAACUUUCCUCCUGGUGAACUUCCAGUGACUUCAUAGAAGACAAACACAUUUUGUAUUCUAGAGAAGAAUUUGUUGUUACUUUCUUAUGUUUUCAAAUAUAAACAUGAGAGUGAUUGGAGCCAUUUCUGCAAUACUUCACAUGAGACUUGCUCAAGAAUGUUUCUAUUGCAUGAGUGCAUAGAAAACCUCCUGAGCCUCUACAUGAACCUUUCUGUGUUGGGGCAGUUUGCGAGAAAAAAUUGUUUGUCUUAACUGCCACCUGCCCUUCUUGUACAGCUCCUUAAAAAUUUAACACCUAACUUGCACCACACUCUUUGAAAUGUCUUUGUCUUGCGUUCUGUUGGUCUUUUAAUUUGUGUUUAAUCAAUAAAGUUGUGUUUUGGUAGCAAGUGUCGUA